AAAACAGAGGCGUGGACUCGACUUUAACACCAAUGACUCGUCACUUAACUUGGAUUUUAGCCUUUUAACUCGACCUGACUUGAUACCGUCCCCAAGCCCAGAUACUAAAAAUGACGCUAUUAAAAAAGUGUUAAGAAAGAAAAAAAUCGGAUAUAAAGACUACACUGUAUCAACAAAAAACGGAUUUCAACUUGCAAAACAUGCGGGAAGAAAAUUAGACGGAGGCGCAACAACUUUGUUCGACAUUUGAAGCUGCACAAAGAACGGUAACCAGAUCGUGACUACAACUAAGUCUUUGACCACACUGUGUCCUUAUAUUGGACGCCGUGGGGCGGCAAGUAACCUAGUGGGUAGAGCGUUGGACUAGUAACCGAAAGGUUGCAAGAUCGAAUCCCUGAGCUGACAAGGUCUACAUGAGGAUUGACGACAACCAGGAUGUUCUUAAUUCAAAACUUAAAAUCCAGGGCGGUGGACAUUCUUCCACUGAGGUGUUGAGGAUUGGAGAACCAUGGCUCAGUUUCAAAGCUUGAUAUGGAUAAUGAACCUAGCUAUCAUUUUGACACUUCUAACCAUUGAGCGCUCUAGUGCAUGUGGUAGAGCAGAGUACAGAACAGGUGUUGAAUGCUGUCCUAUGUGUUCUCCAGGAAACCGGGUACAUAAACACUGUACAGAAUUUACAGUAACUUCCUGUGUCCCCUGUACCGACUCCACUUUCCUUGAUGAACCCAAUGGUCUUACAGCAUGCAUACCGUGCACAAACAACUGUGACCCAGGCAUUGGUUUGAAGGUAAAGCAGCCAUGUAGACCUUCAUCAGACACUGUCUGUGGGACACUGGAGGGGUUCUACUGUCUAGACCCAACUAAGGAUGGUUGUAGAGCAGCCCAGAGACACAGCAGCUGUAAACCUGGUCAAUACAUCAGUCACACAGGAACAACAUCUACAGAUACUGUGUGUUCUGACUGCCCUGGUAAAACUUAUUCAGAUGGUUCAUUAACAUCUUGUCAACCACAUACAGAAUGUGAAUUCUUGGAAAUUGAACCAGGAACUCCUUGGUCGGAUUCAGAAUGCGGAGUAGCCUCACUUCCCACAGUUGGAAUCAUAGCUGGUGUUCUCAUAUGUUUUUUUCUGAUAGCCAGCAUAGCUGGUGUUUGUUUAUUUAUAAUGAUAAAAAGACAAAUGGUGAGAAGAGAAAUGGUGAAAACAAGACAAAACUCAGACCCUCAAAUACCUACACAGGCAUCCCCAGAUCAGGAAAUACGAAUGCUGUCUGGGGGAACUGGAAAUGGUGAGGCACACCUUCAAGGUUUUCUAAAUGUGUACAGAAUAGUUUUUAUGAGUUAAAAUAAUUUCAAACAUAUUUAUGAGUAAAUGUAUAUGGUAUAUAACUCCAAGUCAUCAAUGCUAAGACAAAUGAUCUGUUACAAGAAUAUAGUACAAGCUAUUGUACUACAAAACAUUGUACAGAAGGUAAAUUAAUUACUGAUAAAUUACAAAUAACUUCAAUUCCCAGAUUCAAGCCCCCGUCACAGACAGGGACUCCACAUUCUGUAAUCUGUGGUCCACUGGCUGGCUGGUCCAGCGAUCUCUAGUGUAUGAUAACACUACAUGUUAAAUGUGAUAUUGUAGAAUCUGGUUGAUAUAAAAACAGGAUUCUACACCACAUUCUAUUGUAGAGUAAAGAAAUGAAAAACACUUUGAAACCCAACCUCCAGUUAGAAGAAUAUGACUUCUAGAUACCUGUCGGGAGAGAACAUGGGGUUGUUUGAAACUUACUCCUCAGCCUGAACUGUUCUCAAAAUCACCAAAUGACCAGUCAAGCUGUCAAUAUUAUCCAGCAAGUUCUUUACAGAAAAAACAAGUUGUACAACCGAAGUUUGACACUGCAUUACUCCGAAUUGAAUAAUAUAAUUUUUAUUUAGAAAGAAAUGUUUUCUAAUGAUGAGGGAUUUGUACAAAGACUGAGUCAAUUUUACAGACAAAGUUGUCCUUGAAAUGAACAUGACAAAAAUGUGUAGGAAAAAUGGUAAUAUGAUCUACUAAAUGUUUAUGUAACUUGUUGAAGGUUAAAUAUAAUAUAAUACUGUACAAGAUGUUACAUUAAAUACAGUUUUGCCUAACAAUGUACACUUGCUGGAUUUAUUACUUGAAAUGCAUGGAGGACAUCUU